AUGCUGGCAGAUUUAAAAAGAUCCAUUCAUGGAGAUUUCAAAGAGACAAUCUCGGUCAUCCAUGCUGAUAUAGUAGCCAUAGGAGAAAGAACUGCGCAUCUAGAAGAAAAAAUGGAGGAAUUUGUCACAGCACACAAUUCGCUAGUUGAUAAUCACAACGUGGUUGAGGAUGAUAUAGCAGCCAUUAAGCUCAAAAUUGCGGAUCUGGAAGACCGCUCCAGAAGAAACAACAUAAGAUUUAGAAAUAUUCCUGAAAACGUCUCAGACUCUCAGCUGCAAGAAUUUAUUUCUGAUCUUAUUAUAUCAUAUCUUCCAGAUACCCUUGAGUCAGAGCUAAUCAUUGACCGGGUACACCGGGUUCCUAAGCCCAAAGCUCUCCCUGCCUCUGUUCCCAGGGACGUCCUUGCUAGGAUCCAUUUUUACCACUUGAAAGAUUCCCUGAUGAGGGAAGCUCAAAAAAAGAAAAAAGAUAUUCCUGAGAGAUUCAGUACUGUACUCCUAUUCACAGAUUUAUCCCCAGCGACACUAAGCAGGAGACGGGAAUUUCAAAUUUACACCAGAGCGCUAAGAGAUAACAAUAUCCCCUACAAAUGGGGUUUUCCUGUCAAACUUAUUGUGAGACACCAAAACUCUUCACAUGUCCUAACUUCUCCUCAAGAAGCAUCAGAAGCUUUUUCCAAAUGGAACAUUAUUCUACCACAAGAGGGCACCAAAGACAAAGAUAAAGACAAAGCUACGACUGCCUCUCCUAAAAAACCUCCUGCUGAUAAGAGUCAUCUCAACUUAACUCCAGAAUGGACAAGACAAAAAGCUCCUGGAAAAGAAUUGUUCAAUAUGAGCUGCAGUCAUUUGAACCUGACCGAGAAAGAAUACUUUGGCUUGGAAUUCAAGAAUAACAACGGCUACCAAGUUUGGCUGGGACUUCUGAAACCAAUAACCAAGCAGGUGAAAAACCCUAAAGAAACAAUAUUCAAAUUCAUGGUGAAAUUCUUCCCGGUGGACCCCGGGCAGCUGCGGGGAGAGUUGACCAGGUAUCUCUUCGCUCUUCAAAUUAAAAAGGAUUUAGCCUCUGGGAAAUUACCUUGUAAUGAUAACAGUAGUGCCCUAAUGAUGUCUUACAUACUUCAGGCUGAGUUGGGUGAUUAUGAGGAAGAGACAGCUAGAAAACAUGUGGAACAGAAUCAAUACUUACCAAAUCAGGAAUAUCUGGACAACAAGAUCCUCAAGUAUUACCAGCGCCAUGUGGGAAAAUCUCCAGCAGAAUCGGAUAUGCAGCUACUGGACAUCGCACGGAAGUUGGACAUGUAUGGCAUACGACCUCAUCAGGCUAUUGAUGGAGAGAAUAUGCAGAUCACCCUUGCGGUGGCUCAUUUGGGUGUUCUGGUUUUACGGGGAAACACCAAGAUUAAUACCUUUAACUGGGCCACUAUUAGGAAGCUGAGCUUCAAAAGGAAAAAUUUCCUGAUCAAACUUCAUCCACAUAUUGAUACCUUGUGUAAAGACACCUUAGAGUUCACUAUGGUAAGUCGAGAUGCCUGUAAAGCUUUUUGGAAGACUUGUGUUGAGUAUCAUGCCUUCUUCCGUCUAUCUGAAGAACCCAAAUGUAAGCCCAAACCAUUCAUCUGUAGUAAAGGCUCAAACUUCAGAUACAGUGGGAGAACCCAAAUACAGUUGUUUGAUUCCUGGACUAAAGGCAAGGCGAAGAAUCUUCCCUUUGAGAGAAAACACUUACAGGCAAACCUCCAUGAAAGACAAUGCAGAUCUUCCCCCGACCUCCUGACUGAAGUGGCAAAACAGCCCAAUGACUUGCGUCUGGUAUACACCAGCAGACCUUGCUCUAGAAGUGUCAACAGUGUGGGCUGGGACCCAUUUGGAUAUAGGAAUCGAAGGAACUCGGCCAUUGAAGUCAUUUUUACAUCAGAAAUGGCACACUCCAAACCAGAGGAGGAAGAGCAAAUUUCAUUGCAGCAAUCAAAAAGCAGUUCUUCAUUCCCUGGGUAUAGCUAUGGUGACAUGGCUAGGGGGAUGUCUCGGCAGUGUUCACACAGGAGACCAUUGUCUUGCUAUGAAGAAAGCAACCAUUUUUCUGGCAAUCGUAAAAGUUCUUCUGAAGGCAGCAUGAGGGAGACCAUUCCUGCAUCACCAAGGACAUAUAUUGAAAUGGGUACUGGGUCCUCUUCAGCAAGACAGAAGUUCAACAAAGGUCCGCCCAACAUAUACUGCUAUACAGAUGGCAUAUCGCCAAUACCAGCACAAACUUCAGCUGUGGUUGAGGAAAUUAUACGACUUACCAGUCAAUCUAAGCUUUUUACAGAGCACUCAGCAAACAGAAGUCCGAGUGCCAGAAGGUAUCAUCAACCAGUUUACCCACGGACCAGUUGCAAAAGUAGUUCAGGCAUGGGAUCCCAGGUAGAUACUCAAAUGACAAGCGUGGAAGAUAAUCAAGAACCUCAUCCUAAGAGAUCUUUGAGUCAUUCAGAUGUGAAAUCAGAAGGUUUCCCUCAUGGUUCAGAAUUCAGACCUCUAGGUCUUUACCCUAUACUAACCAGAACAUCUAGUGUCUCAAGGAACCCACUACCUCAUCAGCUUGUUCCAUUACCACUUCCCCCGCCACCGUUACCACCACCACCUCCUCCUCCAUCAACUUCAAAGAAAGGUCCACAAGUCACAGAAAGAUAUGUAUACAGUGGGACUGAAUCGAGUGACUCUGAAUCAGAGAUCAUAAAUCCCUAUUACUAUGCUGUAUUUGGGAAAAAUGUAAGACAUCCCAUGGCAAGAGUUAGAUUGUCCUCAGGUAGUCUCCAGUUAGAAGAAGAGGAGGAGGUCCCUUUAAAUAUUUGUGCAUGGGAAAGCAAGAAGCCUAAACCAGAGUGGAAACAUUUCCACACUUAAAGGGUAUGUCCACCUUCAAACACCAUUUUACAACUUCGUAUAUAAUCUAUUAAAAAGUUAAGCCAUUCAUUUAUCUAGUUGUGCGUCUCCCUGAAAACUGUGAUAGCACAUUUGAUA